UGCGUUUUUCUUCGUAAAAAAAAUUGCAUUUGUUUUUUUCAAAGUAGUUUAUCAACUCUUUGAAUUACACUUAAGUUUAAGUUUAAAAUGUUAUAAACAACACUGUGACAUAUUUAUUAAACAAUAGAGGAACAAAAACUUGUGUACCAUAUUGAGCAAAAUAAAAGCAAUUGUAUGUGAAAAACUCUGUAAUUUGCAUCGACACUAAUGAGGAAGUAAAAAUUGAAGAAGAAAAUUGUAAAAAAUAAGAACAACACGAAAUCAAGAAGAUUGCUCUUUCUGAAAAUUGUUGUGUCCUAAAAAAUUGUCUAUACAUACGUUUCUGCCAUCAAUUCGCUUAAGUGUUGUUCAAAAUUUAAGUAAAUAAUUUUACAAAAAGAUUUCAUGGAAGAAGUCAUUGUAUUGAGCAGCGAUAACGAAGAUUCUUCAUCAUCACCAUCAUCGCCAUCUUCAGCAUCGGAUAUGGAAAUUGAUCCAAUUGAAAUUGAGCACAAUACUACCGAGCAGUUUGUGCCCAAGGACAACCAAACCAUUGCUGAAGAAAAGAAAAAACUUGGCAACGAACAAUAUAAAGCCAAAAACUAUCAAUCAGCCUUGAAAUUUUAUUCAGAUGCCAUCUCAUUAUGUCCGGAUUCGUCGACCUAUUAUGGGAAUCGUGCGGCUACUUAUAUGAUGAUGUCCAAUUAUACGAAUGCAUUGAAUGAUGCACGUACUGCUGUUCGAUUAGAUCCGAAUUUCGAGAAAGCUUACGUACGUAUCGCCAAAUGUUGUGUAGCCAAGGGUGACAUUAUUGGCAUAGAACAAGCCAUCAAAAAGAUUGAAGAACUUGAUCCCCAAAGUAAUGCCGUAGAGGGUGAGAAACAAACUUUGCAGCAAUUACGACAACUGGAACAAACAAUACAAAACAAUUAUGAUUCAAAAUAUUAUCGCAACGUAGUGUAUUAUUUGGAUGCUGCCAUAAAAUUAGCACCGGCUUGUUAUAGAUAUCGUCUGUUGAAGGCUGAAUGCUUAGCCUUUUUAGGCCGUUGCGAUGAAGCUGUCGACAUUGCCAUUAGUGUCAUAAAAUUGGAUAGCACAUCGGCGGAUGCAAUAUACGUGCGCGGAUUAUGUUUUUAUUAUACGGAUAAUUUGGAGAAAGGCAUUAAACAUUUCGAGCUGGCCUUACAGCUUGAUCCCGAUCAUAAAAAGGCCAAAGAAAUGCGCACUAAAAGCAAAACACUAAAGGAUAUGAAAGAGAAGGGCAACGUAUUGUUCAAAUCUGGUCGUUACCGCGAAGCGCAGACUAUUUACACAGAUGCUUUAAAAAUCGAUGAGCUGAAUAAGGAAAUCAAUUCGAAACUGCUGUACAAUCGUGCAUUGGUUAAUUCGAAAAUUGGCAACACACGUGAUGCGAUUGUCGAUUGUACAAAUGUGCUUGAUAUUAAUGCUCAGUACUUGAAAGCUCUGCUAUUACGUGCUCGCUGCCAUAAUGACAUUGAGAAAUAUGAAGAGAGCGUUAGCGAUUAUGAGGCCGCAUUGCAAUUACAAAAGACUCCAGAAAUAAAAAAACUUUUACGUGAUGCUAAAUUUGCUUUAAAGAAAUCGAAACGUAAGGACUAUUAUAAAAUAUUGGGUAUACCUAGAAAUGCUAGUGAUGAUGAAAUCAAGAAAGCCUAUCGUAAAAAAGCAUUGGUGCAUCAUCCGGAUCGUCAUGCGAAUAGUUCGUUAGACGAGCGCAAAGAACAAGAAUUGAAAUUUAAAGAAGUUGGCGAAGCCUAUGCGAUUUUAUCAGAUCCACGCAAAAAAGUGCGCUACGAUAAUGAUCAAGAUAUUGAAGAUCAAGAACAACCUGACUUUGAUCCAAAUCAAAUGUUCCGUCAUUUUUUCCAGUUUAGUGGUGGUCCGAGUGGUGCUUCGUUCGGCUUUGAAUUUUAACUGAAGUCUUUAUGUAGUUUCUGUAAAAAAACAUGUCGUCGUUAUCGUCGAAGUCAAAUGCGACACGCAAAUCUUUAUUUACACGAUAAUUAUGAAAAGUUGAA